UAAAAGCACCGGUCAUAGAGAAAUGGAUUUCAGUUGUGAUUAGACCAACAUUUCGUGUGUGUAUCUUAUACUAGAAGAAAAUAUCAAACCAAAAAUGAAAUUCUUUGUAAAUAUAUUUUUUGUUUGUGCAUUGAUCGCUGUUGCAUCAGCAGCCCCACAACAUUUUUACGGCGGUCAUCUCGCUGCUCCCGUUGCAUAUGGACAUUCUUUUGCACCAGCUGCAGCUAUUGUUAAAGCCCCCGUAUAUGCUGCCCCAGUUGUGAAACAUGUAGCACCAGCAGCCACCAGCUACCAGACAAUCAGUCAAGUCCAUGUUUCGCAUCCUCAACCCUUAGUUGCUGCCCCAGUUGUCAAAUACGCUGCCCCAGUCGUUGCUGCUCCAGUUGUCAAAUAUGCUGCCCCAGUCGUUGCUGCUCCAGUUGUCAAAUACGCUGCGCCAGCCUAUGCUGCCGCUCCAGUGUACGGUAGUGGUUACGGUCAUGGAUACGGUGGAUACGGUCACGGUUAUGGCGGUGUUUAUGGACACUACUGAUUUCAAUCACAGAUUCUAUGCCGAAUGUAUUCAAUAAACUGUAUAUUUGAACCGAGCUGAACCCUUCCCCGAUUUAAUCAAUAAAAAUUAUUUAUGUUGA